UAAACGUCCAAAACCUCCAUUAACGGUCAAAUCAAAGUAUCUCUUCCAGCAUCACCUACUUCAACAACCUCAGUCGAUCCAAAACCCUCACUCUAAAACCCAGUAAACCGGGGUUUGGUGCAACUACCUCCAAAUUGAAAACCCUUGCCCUUCCCUCUUUUCCUUCUUCAACAUUUCCAUCUCAUUUUGUUCGAAUCUCAAUAAUGGCGGUGCAUCAUAAGCUCGCUUUGAUUCUCGAGAACCCUCUAAACGACGCCGAAUAUCUCCUCGUGAAACAGACGCGACCCCCGAAAUUCAACGACGAAGAGUACGACUCGUACGUGGAUUCCGACCUCUGGGACUUACCCUCCACGCAAUUGAACCUUCUAGAAGGCAUAUCGGAGCCCUCAAUUGCAGUGGGAGGCGCAGAAUCAUGGCCAGGGAAGAUCGAGCUGAAAAAAUUCGAUGUGGAUUCGGCUCUCAAUCGGGUUCUGGAACAAGUAGGGUUUAAGGCAGCUGAUGUUGGAGAUUGGAGCUUGUUGAAGUAUGUGGAGGAAGCUCAAUUUGGACCUGGGCCGCCUAUGAAUUCGGUUUUUGUUAGGGGGAAAUUGGUAGCUUCGCAUCCAAAUUUACCAGAGUCGUGUAAAUGGCUGUCUGUCCCAAGCUGUUUAAACUGGCUUCUUGAAGUGAAACCAGGCAAUGAUCGUGUGGGGCCUUUGAUAGUUGCUGGUCUUCUAAACGAGUUUGUGCAAUCAAGAGAGUUGAAAAUCCCAUCCACCUUAUCUUACCAGGAGUACCCUCCUGGUGUUGUGCUUGUACCGAUGGGAAGCAAGACGGGAAAACCUUUUUAUACGACAAACCUGGUUGUUUUUGCACCUCAAAAUGCUUCUAAUGACUCUGAGAAGAAUGGUUUUAUUGCUUCUGGAGAUGCAUUGAUAGUGGAUCCUGGGUGCCGGUCUGAAUUUCAUGAAGAGCUCGCACAAAUUGUAGCUUCUUUGCCGAGAAAGUUAGUUGUAUUUGUUACUCAUCAUCAUCACGAUCAUGUGGAUGGUCUUUCAGUUGUUCAACGUUGCAACCCUGAUGCUACUUUAUUAGCACAUGAAAAUACCAUGCGACGCAUUGGAAAAGAUGACUGGUCUCUUGGUUUUACUGCAAUUUCUGGAGCUGAAGAGAUUUGCAUUGGAGGUCAGCGACUGAUUGCCCUUUUUUCUCCGGGACAUACAGAUGGUCAUAUGGGACUGCUUCAUGCCAGUACUCACUCAUUGAUUGUCGGUGAUCAUUGUGUGGGUCAAGGUAGUGCUGUACUGGAUGUUACUUCCGGGGGAAAUAUGACUGAUUACUUUCAAUCAACUUACAAAUUUAUGGAGCUUGCUCCACAUGCUUUGGUUCCCAUGCAUGGGAGAGUUAACCUAUGGCCAAAACACAUGCUUUGCGGAUAUCUCAAGAACCGCAGAGCUAGAGAAAGUUCCAUCUUGAAAGCGAUAGAAAAUGGAGCAGAAACAUUGUUUGACAUAGUUGCAAAUGUAUAUUCGGAGGUUGAUCCUAGCGUUUGGAUUUUUGCAGCAUCAAAUGUGAGACUUCAUGUGGAUCAUUUAGCCCAGCAAGAUAAGCUACCAAAGGGAUUCCAUUUAGAAACUUUCUAUCACAGUAUUGAUGAACUCUCUGAUAAGGUGGGUAAAUUAUGGGCCCAAGUGAGGAAGCUGCUCUCUCUUUGACCCAUUCACAAACUACCUUUAGGAAUUUUUGAUUCAGAAGUUCCGAAAAACUUGUGGGCUGCGUUUCUUCUCUCUAUGGAUUUGGGCAUACUUUAGUUGUGGUGUCCGGUUAUAUUGUACGAAGCCUAGGAUAUCUCAGUUUCUUGUUGCAGGGGCGGUGGCUAGCUUCGCCCUGUUGUACUCCUUUAAAAACAGGUUUAGUUCCAAGUAAGAUUUUCUUGGGGGUAAUUGCCAGGAUCAAUUCCCAGGAACAGGCUGGAAUUGUGUUAAUAUAUUAUAAAAAAUAAAUGCGAACUGUCAAAAUUGCACAACUUGUAUUUUAUUUUAUUGUUUGGUGUAAGUGACAUUUCCU